AUGUCUGAAUCUACAGAGUUUUUCUGUCGUAUUCCUAAAUCGAUAGAGCUAUUUCAAGAUUUUGAAGAAAUAACUCCAAUAAAACCAUCAGAAGAAUGUAGAUCAGCAUUAUAUUCAAAUAAUGGUCAAUUUUUUGCAUACACACAACCAAAUGAAGUUAUAAUAUUAGACACUACAACAAAAGCUACAAUAUAUCAUAAAAUUGAAAUAUCAGAAAUUUUUGAUUUAAAUUUUUCACCAAAAGGUUCAUUUUUAUGUCUUUGGGGAAAACCCAUUCAAUUAAAUAAAGAAAAUGGUACAUGGAAUAAUAAUUUAAAAAUUUUUAAUUUGAAAACCAAAACAAUAAUAGCUGAAUGGAGUUCAAAACAUCAAAAUGGUUGGAAACCUCAAUUUACAAGUGAAGAAACUUUAUUUUGUAAAAAUUUAAAUAAUAAAGAAAUUCAAUUUUUUGAAAUUAAAAAUGAUUUAAAUUCAACUAUAAAUAUAAAUCAACCAAAUUAUAAAUUUAAAUUAGAUGAUUCAAAAGCUACGUUUCAAAAUUUUAAAAUUUCACCUGGAAAAAAUCCAUCAAUUGCUAUAUUUAUACCUGAAAAAGGUUCAUUACCAGCUUCUAUUUCAAUAUAUGAAUUAAAUAAUUUUAAAAAUCCAAUAUGUUUUAAAAAAUUUUUUAAAGCUGAAAAAUGUGAUAUAAAAUGGAAUUCAUUAGGUACUGCAUUAUUAGCAUUAGCUUCAACAGAUCAUGAUACAACUAACAAAUCAUAUUACGGAGAAUCAAAUUUAUAUUUAUUAGGUAUAGCAGGUGCUUAUAAUUCAAGAAUUGAUUUAACUAAAGAAGGUCCAAUACAUGAUAUUACUUGGUCACCAAGUGCAAGAGAAUUUGCGGUAUCAUAUGGUUAUAUGCCAGCAGAAACUACAUUUUUUGAUGCAAGAGGUAAUUCAAUACAUUCAUUGCCAACAGCUUCAAGAAAUACUAUAUUAUAUUCACCACAUGCUAAAUUUGUAUUAGUUGCAGGAUUUGGAAAUUUACAAGGUACUGUUGAUGUUUAUGAUCGUCAAAAUAAAUUUUCAAAAUUAAUUACUUUUGAAGCUUCAAAUACUUCAGUAUGUGAAUGGUCACCAUGUGGUAGAUUUAUAUUAACUGCUACAACUAGUCCAAGAUUAAGAGUAGAUAAUGGGUUAAAAAUUUGGCAUGCAAGUGGUAAAUUAAUUUAUCUAAAAGAAUUUUCUGAAUUAUAUUCAAUAAGUUGGAAACCUCAAGAUUUACUGAAAUUUCCACCCUUAAGAAAUUUAGAACCUGCACCAGAACCUCAUAAAUCAGCUAGUGAAUAUAUAGCAAAACGAGAAGCUAUAGCAAAUGCCGCAUCAAAAAAACCAGCAGGUGCUUAUCGUCCACCUCAUGCUAGAGGUAGUAUUAAUUCAAAUACAUCAACUACAUUAUAUCAAAAGGAAAUGGAAUCUAAUUUAAAAAAUGGUGGUACAACACAAACUCCACCACCACCAGGUUUAUCUAAACCAAGAGUAAGAACCGUAGUUGGAGCAGCACCAGUUGUAGAAAAAGAAAGUAAAGCAGCUGCUAAAAAUAGAAAAAAAAGAGAAGCUAAAAAGAAAGAUCAAUCACCAAUUCCAUCAUCAACAUCUUCAUCAACUCCAUCAGCUACACAAUCUCAAUCUCAAUCACAAUCUCAAUCACAAUCACAACAAAAAGAUGAUGAAUUAUUAUCAGGUGGUUCUGUAUUAGGUGGUAUAGCUUCAUUAGAAGAAAAAAAAAUUAGACUGCUUUUAAAAAAAUUAAGAGCUAUUGAACAAUUAAAAAUGAAACAAGCUGGAGGAGAAAUAUUAGAAGAUACUCAAAUUAUAAAAAUUUCAAAAGAAGAUGAAAUUAGAAAUGAUUUACAAGCUUUAGGAUGGGAUGAAUAA